AUGAGAUCAGCUGACGAGGGGGAUUACCAUGUGAUGAGACAGAGAAUUCUGCUGUCUCGGUCCAAAAGCCCAUCGUGUGUGUGUUUGAGAGAGAGGGAGUAUGUGAGUCUGCUUUGAUGGUGAUAGUUGUUAUUAGCAGUAGGGUUAAUGUGACGAAAAGUCUUGACAUGGAAGGUAAUAACGCAGGCUAGCUGGCAACCAAUAGUUGUCAUUGUAAGCAAAUUAUUUUUGUAUACUUGGGAUUCUUGCAGUUAAAAUGGUACACCAAAACACCAAAACUCCUGAGAUUUAGAGAUCCUGGCACAUAGAAUCAGAGCAAGGAUUCAAUCCCAUGACCUUAAAUCCAUCCUUCAAAGAUAUUGUCUGCUUACCUCCAUCACUGGAUUUGUGUGUCACUGAAGAGGUCAGACUUGAGUUUCAUUUGGAUACAGCUUAAUGUCCACAGUGACCUGGUAUUUGCCAUGCCAUGUCUUAAAUCAUCCAUCAAUUCUUUAGUUGAUAUUUGUGAUUGAUUUAUUUUACUUAUUAGCUUUCAUCAGCCAACGAAAUGGACAGGAUCGUCACUACCAUAUGUUGUUAUAAUAAUCCACUACUGCUCAUCCAUACGUAAUAAACUACAGACACUUAAGAUCAUGUUGCUCAUGUCAGUAUGACAUUUGGUGGGUUACUUUGUACCAACAAGCCUCUAACUGCAGCGGAUUGUAUGUCCUGCAUAGCUUCUCAGCUUUUAAUUGAAUAUGAUGAAAAGGCAAACUAUCAAUCUGUAGCGUCAAGGUAGAAUCCUUUUGACUUUAUUGUGUACGUAAUCCAAUGGCUUUUCGAAUGAACUUUUUUUUUACAAAGCCUAGACUUCCGUAGUUUGAUCUCCUCUUGAGCUAUUGUCUGCUCUGCUCCGUACAGUCUCUGGAUUUUAACUCUCCCUCUGUGUGAGAUCUUUCCCCUGUUGUCAUUCGGAUUUGGUUGAGUUUACAUUUUCCGUGCCACAGUUGCCAAACCGUACUCGAACAACAGUGACAUUGUUGCUUUGAAAUAUUUACCUCGUAUCUAGGAUACUUAGCAUGGUCACACUGGCAGGAGAAGGGAUGGGGAGGGGACUUGGCCAAAGGUUCAGAGCUUUUUAGUCAACGGUCUUAUGCCAACCACAACCACAGGCAAAUUAGGGUAGGACUGAGAGAGCUGCCAAAGGUGACACCAACAUCUGUAGCAUUAUGGCAGCCAGUCAAGUAUGGGAGCUGUGUCCCAUUAUGGGAGGAUUAGGAGGUUGUUGUUCCUCCACGAAAGCACAAAGAAAUUGCAGACAUUUCUUAUUCAUCAGAACAUGAACAGUAAGUAAUGCGUUUGUCCGCAAGUAUGAAUUGUCAAUUUGUUUAGUGAACAGUAUUCAAUCUUUCAAAGAAUGGAAGAAAUGUGUCACUCUCCCACUGCACUGAUAAUAAAAUAAUUAUUCAGAAAAAUCUUGAUUUGUGAGUCAGAAACAAAGUUGUCUUUUCGUUAGUCUUCACAUACUCAAAUUUGCAGGGCUUUGUAGGGAAUAGGAAACUCUUGGCCACCAUUUGUCUUCACAUGCUUAGCUCCGUUUCCACGCUUUCCCCAGGGAGCAGCCAAUCUUCAGCGCCAGGGCCCAUGUGUUCCAGAUCGACCCGAACACCAAGAGGAACUGGAUCCCCGCCAGCAAGCAUGCCGUCACCGUCUCCUUCUUCUAUGAUGGCAACAGGAACGUGUACCGCAUCAUCAGCGUGGGUGGUACCAAGGUGAGCCAGGCAGCUGUACUGUGGUCGUCACUAGUUACCACAGCCACAAAGUCAUAAACCCAGCCUAUUUCUACAAUUUGUCUUCUUAAAAUGUGAUUUGAAACCACAGGAGGCUGCUGAGGGGGGAACGGCGCAAAUGGAAUGGCAUCAAACACCUGAAAACAUGUGUUUGAUGUAUUUGACACCAUUCCACGGAUUCCUCUCCAGUCAUUACCACGACGAGCCAGUUCUCCCCAAUUAACCACACAGCUAACCUUAUGCCAAACUUCAAUUAAGACCAAAAAGCACAUUUUCUUUUUGAUGAACUUUUACAAUAUAGCCAAUUUUGACUUUGUGGCUGUGGUAACUAGUGGAAACCCUGUACUGUGUAGUGGGAUGACUCUCUGGAACAUGAAUGCAGGCCACAGUUAGAUUAUGUGAAUGUGUGGUCUUGUUGAAAACUGUGAUUAAGGGAAAACAUCCCUUUUCAGGGAUUUUCAUAGGAUUAUGUGCAUUUGUUAAGAAUAUGGUCUCAAGUUCACAAUCAUUUGCUUCUAGCAAAUAUAGCAUUGUCCAGCUUGGAAAGGAGAGUAGCUAAAUAUGGGUCUGGAAUAUGUAGCAGGUCAGCCUGGGCCUGUUUAAGAUUGUUUGUGUUCACUCUUACUUUCCGCUGUAAAGUUAUUAUCCUUCCAGACCUUGGUUAAUAAUAAUAAUAAUAAUAAUAAUAAUAAUAAUAUAUAAAUAAUAAUAUGCCAUUUAGCAGACGCUUUUAUCCAAAGCGACUUACAGUCAUGUGUGCAUACUUUUUUACGUAUGGGUGGUCCCAGGGAUCGAACCCACUACCCUGGCGUUACAUGCGCCAUGCUCUACCAAUUGAGCUACAGAGGACCACUUGUCCUCGAUGCUAGACAUAAAAGCAGUGGUUCUACACUUGUAUUAAUUUAAAACCAAUUAAGCCAUUGUUAAGUCAAGAAGAACUGGAUCAACGCUCAUCUUCCUCACAAGCUUUGGAUUUGGAUAGACUCCCCAUGCCGCCCUGGAAUGUAUCUGAUCUCCCCUUAACACCUCUGGUCUGACCCACAUUCCCCACUCCCUGCAGACCCUGUGGUCAGCAGCCCAAUUCCCCCCGUCUUGUGUCUGGCAACGUGGUAAUCUUUUGUACCAUGUCAUGUGAAACAUGUUGGCCCAGACUCUCGUAAUCGUUUGUUAAAAAACCUCCUCUUCUUUAAGCUGCCCUUGCCCUCUGAUUCUGGGUGUUUAAGUCAGUUAUAUUAUAGUAAUUCUGCAGCUGACGCAAAAGGUUAUAAAUAGGUCUGCUUAAUGUUUUUUCUCAUGUGACCUGAAACAAAAUGAGGGACUGUAGCCACGUCUCUGGCUGCCUGAUGCAAUGUUUUUUAAUCUGUUGAAAGGGUAGGUCAGUCAAAGAAAUGCCAUUUGUUGGUUACAUCUGAAAAAUAAUGCAAACCAUUGAUUGCCAAUGCAUCCACAGUCCAAUCUGAAACAUGGGCAUGUCACAUUAUCAUAAUAUUAGGCUCAAAAGACCUUUCCAAAGGAGUUAACUGUUUUUUUAAACUCCAGAUGUGUAUAAACAUCUGUUUGUACAAUGCAUUUGCAACCAUCCAUUGGGAUAUUCUGUAAAUACAAACAGAUGCUCCCGUAAUGAGCCCAGAGAUUUUACUUCUGUUCUGAGAAAACAAGUCCUCGCUUUGGCGUAAACAUUAAUCAUUAUUUGUAUUGCAUGAUAGCUAUUGAUGUUCAUCAGGUGAGGUGAGGAAGUGCUACUGCAGUAAGUAAUGAUUUUGUCCAGAAAAGGGUUAGCUAAAAUGCAAAAAUUGUCCCUGACGCAACUCGAACAUUUCUAGCUACAGCCAAGUCUGCCCUGAGAACAGUCUUGGUUUCCACCAAUGCGAUUCUGCUCUUUCCUCAGGCCAUUAUCAACUGCACCAUCACAGCUAGCAUGACGUUCACCAGGACCUCGCAGAAGUUUGGCCAGUGGGCGGACAGCAGGGCCAACACGGUCUACGGCCUGGGCUUCGCUACAGAGCAGCAGCUGCAUCAGGUGAUGAUCUCAAUUCACUCCACAUUAAGGGUCUGGUGUCCUAAAAUAAUGUAGUUCAUUAUGGACAAGCAUUUAUCUCUUCUCCCUCCUCAGUUUUCUGAGCGGUUUAAGGAGGUGAAAGAGGCUGCCCGUCUUGCACGUGAAAAGUCCCAGGAUAAGAUGGAGUUGGUCAACACUGCUCUCAGCAUCGCUGCCCCACAGGUGAGCUCUGACAUAAGCACAGUGCCUCAGUGCAAAAACUCCAGUGGUCUUUCAGAAACAUUAGGGAAAUUGUCAAAGUAUAGUGGCCAGUUAUUCCACAACUAUUUAAGCUGCUUUUAAGAGAAAAGCCUCUGAGGAAUCUUAUAGAGACAGCCAUGUCUGAGGAAUGUUUGAGAGUCUGUGGAACUCAUGCAGUGGUACACAUCGAGGUACUGCUAUCUCCCAGGCAUUUUCGCAGGCUGGGAAAGAGGAAAGAGAUGGGAAGGAAGGCGUAAGAAGGAUGAGUUGGGUCAUUUGUCUCUAAGGAAAGUGAAAGGAAAACUAGGGCGAUGGUAAAAUUAUCCAAUGCAGCCCAGUGCUCUGCCUGGCUGGCUGUGUCUGCUCACUGCAGAAGCCCCUGAAAUGAUGAAAAUGUAGUCUCGCUCACGUCAAUUGAUCAAUAGAGAACAAUUAUCGGUCAGCUACAUCUGCCUGGUCAUGAGAAACUUGCCUGACCCUCCUCAAUUUUGUGGCUGAGUCGUUUUCAAGUGGUGUCUCUCAUUCCUCAUCCAGCACAAUUAGUGAUGUAAUGGCGAUGUUGAAAAACCAAACCUCUGGAAAAUUGUAAACUAGUCAAUUAGAUGCAUUUCUACUAAGUAGCACUCUCUUAAACAUUUUAAUUUCAUUGAUCACUAGACUAUUAUGAUUAUGGCGGUCAGAGGUUAACAAAAUGUUUAAUAUAAACUGGGUGGUUCGAGCCCUGAAUGCUGAUUGGCUGACAGCUGUGGUAUAUCAGACCGUAUACCAUGGGUAUGACAAAACACUUAUUUUUACUGCUCUAAUUACAUUGGGAACCAGUUCAUAAUAGCAAUAAGGCACCUCAGGGGUUUAUGGUAUAUGGCCAAUAAACCACGGCUAAGGGCUGUGUCCAGUCACUCCACGUUGCGUCGUGCAUAGGAACAGCCCUUAGCCGUGGUAUAUUGGCCAUAUACCACACCUCCUCGGGCCUUAUUGCUUAAAUAUACAGUGUGUUGAAUUGAUAUUGGUGUGUUCUUUAUUCUCUUGCUAUCGGAUGACUUGGGGUUUCUCCUCCAGUUCUCACAGGUGGGUCUCAUGUUUGUUCGAUUUCCAACCUUCGCCAUUCACGUCUAAGAAUGGCCAAUUGUGGUGCCAUUGUGCUAUGACAAAGAAUAGUCCACCAAGCCAAACAAAUCCAGUGUCUUUGUCUUCGUGAGGUUGAGUUGCUUAGAGUUUGAUUAACAUAACAGUAGUAUGGUCGAUCCUCAAAAUUUGGCAUGCUGCUGAAAUUGAUGUCCUUGAAAUAUCUUCCGGUGACAUCAGCCUCUCUGAUGCUGCUGUUGUGACAGAGGGCUACAGUGCCGGGGAAGGUGUCCACAGCGUAGACGCUCAGAGGAAAACAAGCUGUUGCUUUAUCUCACAACAGCAAACACCUACUCCGUCAUGAAGGGGUAGAUAUCAUUCACUCCCCAUGGCAAAACUAUCGCGUACUGAAAAGUGUAGAUAGGAGUGAUGUAACUGUGUAAGGAUGACGUAUAAACCACGACAGGUAGGGAAUAUUUAGCCAGAUAGCGCCAGACUACAUCAUUAUAUUACUCAUACUUUUCCCAUUAAGGAUGGUAAAGUCAGGACAUUAUAUACAGUGCAUUCGGAAAGUAUUCAGACCCCUUCACUUUUUGUUACAUUACAGCCUUAAUUCUAAAAUGGAUUAAAAUUCCCUCGUCAAUCUACACACAAUACCCCAUAAUGACAAAGCAAAAAACAGUUUUUUUGAAAUUGUUGCUAAACUUACAUAAGUAUUCAGACCCUUUACUCAGUGCUUUGUUGAAGCACCUUUGACAGCGAUUACAGCCUCAAAUCUUCUUGGGUAUGACACUACAAGCUUGGCACACCUGUAUUUGGGGAGUUUCUCCCAUUCUUCUCUGCAGAUCCUCUCAAGCUCUGUCAGGUUGGAUGGGGAGCAUCGCUGAACAGUUAUUUUCAGGUCUCUCCAGAGAUGUUCGAUCGGGUUCAAGUCCGGGCUCUGGCUGGGCCACUCAAGGACAUUCAGAGACUUGUCCCAAAGCCACUCCUGCGUUGUCUUGGCUGUGUGCUUAGGGUCGUUGUCCUGUUAGAAGGUGAACCUUCGCCACAGUCUGAGGUCCUGAGAGCUCUGGAGCAGGUUUUCAUCAAGGAUCUCUUUGUACAUCUUUCCCUCGAUCCUGACUAGUCUCCCAGUCCCUGCAGCUGAAAAACAUUGCCACAGCAUGAUGCUGUCACCACCAUGCUUCAUCGUAGGGAUGGGGCCAGGUUUCCUCCAGACAUGAUGCUUGGCAUUCAGGCCAAAGAGUUCAAUCUUGGUUUCAUCAGACCAGAGAAUCUUGUUUCUCAUGGUCUGAGAGUCCUUUAGGUGCCUUUUGGCAAACUACAAGUAGGCUGUCAUGUGCCUUUUACUGAGGAGUGGCUUCCGUCUUGCCACUGUACCAUAAAGGCCUGAUUGGUGGAAUGCUGCAGAGAUGGUUGUCCUUCUGAAAGGUUCUCUCAUCUCCACAGAGGAACUCUGGAGCUCUGUCAGAGUGACCAUCGGGUUCUUGGUCACCUCCCUGACCAAGGCCCUUCUCCCCGAUCGCUCAGUUUGGCCGGGCGGCCAGCUCUAGGAAGAGUCUUGGUGGUUCCAAACUUCUUCCAUUUAAGAAUGAUGUAGGCCAGUGUGUUCUUGGGGACCUUCAAUGCUGCAGAAUUUUUUUGGUACCCUUCCCCAGAUCUGUGCCUCGACACAAUCCUGUCUCAGAGCUCUAUGGACAAUUCCUUCAACCUCAUGGCUUGGUUUUUGCUCUGUGACAUGCACUGUCCACUGUGGGACCUUAUAUAGACAGGUGUGUGCUUUUCCAAAUCAUGUCCAAUCAAUUGAAUUUACCACUGGUGGACUCCAAUCAAGUUGUAGAAACAUCUUAAGGAUGAUCAAUGGAAGCAGGAUGCACCUGAGCUCAAUUUCAAGUCUCAUAGCAUUUAGAAUAAGGCUGUAACGUAACAAAAUGUGCAAAAAGUGAAGGGGUCUGAAUACCUUCUGAAUGCAGCCUCAGCUGGUCUUCCUCCUUUUCCUUUUACCUGUUACUGAUUUCGAUCUGGUGAGGGACCUGGAUCUGUCAAUCAGGUAGCUUAAGUUGAAAGAAUGAACAAAAACCAGCAGACACUGCAGCCCCCGGGCUUAUUUGGUAUUGGUUUAAAGGGGAAAUCUGCAGUUUUGGACUUAUAAUUUAGUGAUAUGUAUGUACCCAUUGAUUGUUGAAGAAUAUAACUUAUAAAUGCCUCAUGAGCUUAGUUCAACUGUCGUACCCCAUCAGCACCCAAAAUAUACACUUGUUUUGCUCCAGUGGUUGUAAACAAAGUAAAUGUAAAUAAACACUGUAGAGCCUCAAAACAUGGUUAAAACUAUCAUUUUCAUAUCAUGGAUGGUCAGUCCUUACCUCAAUAGCUCUGUCUAUGAAUUUGAGAGUGGUUACAUUUCUCCAGCCACAUCCCUCAGCUUUUUACUAAAACAGUGUUAUGUUAUUGUUUUAACGGCAGAUUGCCCCUUUAAAGUGUAUUAUUUGUGUUGUGUUUUAGGACCUCGGUGACGAGCUCCAGUCUCCGCCGGUGAUGUGUGUGAACGGUCCUGAGGACAAGAUGUUCCGCAGCCAAAGCGCAGACAUCACACUGUCUUCUGAGAAGGAGCGCAUUAAAAAGAUGCUUUCUGAAGGGUAACCCACUUAUACACACUCUUGCCCUCAAAGUUUCACUCAAGCCAGGGUUUUUUUCGUUGUCUGAAAGUACACAGAAUGUUUUGUGGAAAUGUUCUUGGUCUUAAACUCGAGUGUUCCAUUUUAUAAGGUAAGAUAACGGUCUGGGUCUCUAAGGUUCAGACACAAAAACAGCAUUUAGGCAAAUGCCAGAGCCGGUGCUUUCAAAUCAAAUCAAAUGUUAUUGGUUGCGUACAAAUAUUUUGCAGAUGCAGCGGAAUGCUUAUGUUUCUAGCUCGAACAGUGCUGUAUUCCUAACAAUACAAAACAAUACACACAAAUCCAAAACUAAAUUAUUAAGAAAUAUCAGAACAAGCAAUGUCAGAGUCCGGAAUAUAAAUAUAUAUAUAUAAUGGUGUGUAUAGACAGUAUGGACAGUAUAUGAAUAGGAAAGGUGUGUACAGCAGUAGUUAUAUAGGAUGAGCCUUGACUACAAUACAGUUUAUACAUAUAAAGUGGGUAAAACAGUAUGUAAACAUUAUUAAACUGACCAGUGUUCAAUGACUAUGUAUAUAGGGCAGCAGUCUCUAAGGUGCAGGGUAGAGUACCGGGUGGUAGCCGGUUAAUAACAGUGACUAAGUUCAUGGCAGGGUACUGGGCGGAGGCCGGCUAGUGGUGACUAUUUAACAGUCUGAUGGCCUGGAGAUAGACGCUGUUUUUCAGUCUCUCCAUCCCAGUUUUGAUGCACCUGUACUGUCUCCGCCUUCUACAUGGUAGCGGGGUGAACAGGCCGUGGCUCGGGUGGCUGAGGUCCUUGAUGAUCUUCUUGGCUUUCCUGUGACACUGGGUGCUGUUGAUCUCUUGGAGGGCAGGCAGUGUGCCCCCGGUGAUGUGUUGGCUGACCACACCACCCUCUGGACAGCUCUGCGGUUGCGGAUGGUGCAAUUGCCAUAACAGGCAGUGAAACAGCCCAAUAGGAUGCUCUCGAUGGUGCAUCUGUAGAAGUUAGUGAGGGUCUAAGGGGCCAUGAUGAAUUUCUUCAGCCUCCUGAGGUUGAAGAGGCGAUGUUGUGCCUUCUUCAUCACACUGUCUCUGUGGAUGGAACAUUUCAGGUUGUCAGUGAUGAGCGCGCCAAGGAACUUUAAUCUUUUCACCCUUUCGACUGCGGCCCUAUCAAUGUGGAUGGGGGCGUGCUCUCUCUGCUGUCUCCUGAAGUCCACAAUCAGCUCCUUCGUUUUGUUGAGGGAGAGGUUAUUUUUCUGACAGCACUGUGCCAGGGCCCUCACCUCCUCCCUGUAGGCUGUUUCGUCAUUGUUGGUAAUCAGGCCUACCACUGUUGUGUCGUCAGCAAACGUCAUGAUUGAGUUGGAGACGUGUGUGGCCACGCAGUCAUGGGUGAACAGUGAGUGCAAGAGGGGGCUGAGCACGCACCCUUGUGGGGCCCCAGUGUUGAGGAUCAGCGUGGCGGAGGUGUUGUUGCCUACCUUCACCACCUGUGGUCAGCCCGUCAGGAAGUCCAGGACCCAGUUGCACAGGGAGGGGUUCAGACCCAGGGCCCUGAGCUUAGUGAUGAGCUUGGAGGGCACUAUGGUGGCCCGUGUCGGCGGCUCAAUGUUUUCCUCGAAGAGGGCGAAGACGGUGUUUAGCUUUUCCGGAAGCGAGGCAGCGGUGUGCGCGGUGUGGCUGCCUUUCCCUUUUUAAUCCAUGAUUGUCUGGAGUCCCUGCCACACGCGUCUCGUGUCUGAGCCGUUGACUCCACUUUGUCCCUGUACUGGGGUUUUGCUUCUCUGGUUGCCUUACGGAGGUCAUAGCCGGUCGGUUUGUACACGUUCCCAGUCACCUUGCCUUCGUUAAAUGCGGUGGUUCGCGCUUUCAGUUUUGCGCGAAUGCUGCCAUCUAUCCACAGUUUUUGGUUUGGAUAAGUUCUAAUCAUCACAGUGGGAACAACAUCCUCUAUGCACUUCCUGAUGAACUUAGUCACUGAGUCAGUGUAUAUGUCGAUACUAUUUUCAGAGGCAACCCGGAACAUUUCCCAGUCCACGUGAUCAAAACAAUCUUGUAGUAUAGAUUCCAAUUGGUCAGAUCAACGUUAAACAGUCCUUACUACGGGUUAAAGUUUCUGCCUACUGCAAAGUUGGCUAGGAGCUAGGAACAGGGUGACCAUGUCUGUCGGCGACAUCUUGCUUUAGUUAUGAUUACCUGUUUUUAUGAAGUUUUUCCCAUUUAAUAAACAUGUUAAUAGAAACAGGGUCCAGACAAGAGAAAAAGGUGCAAAGCUAAUGUGAUGACUCACACAGAGGGAGGUUACCCACAUGCACUCACUACUGUAAGUCACUCUGGAUAAGAGCGUCUGUUAAAUGACUAAAAUGUGAAUAUUACCCUGCCAUUCAGUCACCCAUUCUACUCUGCUUUUGUCCCUGUUGUCCAUUAUCCUGUUAUCCAUUAUCACUACACAAGGCUUAUUUUAUGGUUGCUAUGGUGAGUUGCUAUGAUUGGAUAACCUCAAGCUUUCUAAUACUAGAAUAACAUGGCAUCUAAGAACAUGGAACAGGAACAUAUUUAAUGGACCAAUUGCACAAAUUAUACCCCAGAGUUGAACAAGUACGGACACUCUUGAUUGCCAGUCUUUAUCAUUAAGCCUCUCUCCAGCAUGUAGUGAAUGUCCCCUCAAUCUGUUCCUUUCCAGAGUGGCCAGAGAAUGUUUUUCUGAGGUCUUUGUCAAUGUCUUCCAGGUCUAUCUGUGAGAUGAACCUGGAGGCAGAGCUCUUCACCCUGCAGGACAGCAACUCCAAGCUGGUGGCAGCGUUACAUGAAGCUAAUACCAACGUGGAGCAGUGGAAGAAGCAGCUAGCUGCCUACCAGGAGGAGACAGAGAAGCUACGAGACCAG